CGCCCCCUCACCCCAGAUGAAAGGAUCCUACGGCGUCUCCUUCGGAAAGCGAAGGAUACUGUGGCCGCUACGCGACCCGGGAAAAACACUUUAAUUCCAACAACAAAAACAAAACAAAAAAAUCCUUCGGACUUCAAUGCACGUCUAGAUGGUUGUAAAUAGCGAAUUUUAAGCGGUUGUAUAGACAAGAAUUAUAAGCGACCGAAGCCAUGAAAAACACAAAUGCAGCUGACUACUUUCGAAGCCUCUCCCCGCUCAAAGCGGACGGAGGGCCUUCGGGGGCCAACUCUCGCGAGUCGCGGGCGCAUAACGGCAGGUCUGGGAGGUGCCACUGCUGUCCGUACGGCUAUCACAUCGACUUGGAUUUUGUGAGAUACUGUGAUAUGUUGACGCAGGGAUCGAAAAACGAUAGCCCCACCCUGCGCCAAUUGAAGAAACUGAAGCGGGCGCGGCGGAGACAGACCAAAUCCAUGGAGGUGCUUCUGGGCCUAACUUCUGGCAAAGAAAACGAGAUACCUGAACUGCUGAGCCAAGAGAGACUGGAAAUUAUCGAAGAAUCACGCAAGAAAGAAUUGGUGAGUCGCCACAGCAUUUCGUCCAAAGUUCAGAGGACCCAUUCGUGGCGGGAGAAGACUCCUCCCCCUCUCCCGCUGAGACAGUGCAAUACCCUAAGAAGAACACUACAUCCAGAAGUCACCAGUGCGACACAUUCCACCUCAGUUGCGAAUUCCAGCUCAGAUCUCAAUGCCAGCGAAGCUCUUCAGGAAGCCGUUCUAGACUUUGAGGAGAUGCUCGAGAACUCCCAGGAUGCCCGCCGUCACAAGAGUCGCUCGGAAACACUGCCCGUGGACCUGUCCUCGUAUAGUAAUACGUCCCACCAAAGCCUUUAUGCCCAACACUACCCCUUAAGCCCAAAGCUGGGGUCAAGUCUUGCAAGAUCACAUUCCACUUCCAAGGCAGAAACCUGCUCGUGGCAACUUUUGGUGAGAGGAAUACUAGACGAAUCGCCUCUGAUGCAGCGACGCCAACGCACAAACUCUGUCUCGUCCCUGUGCUCCAUCUCGUCUGCGAGUGGAUUACAGAAUGCAACUACCGUUGGGGUGACCCCCAACGGGGGCCAGCCUACAAUUAUAGGAUACUUGCCUCCCAAUAACGUCGGAAUAAUACAACAGCAGACAGUGCCCAAUCGUCUGUCAGAGGCUUUAGCUGCUCUCAACGCCGCUCAGGGGUACCCACCAACACAUCCAGACCUCGAUGCCAUGAGCAUCGCUUCUGGCAUGUCGGGAGUCAGCACCUCCACACUGCAGUCCAUCCGAGAUCAAAUGGCAUCCAGCCUCACACGCUUGAAGGAACUUGAGGAGGAGGUGAAGAACAUCCCUAUGCUACAGAUUAAGCUAAACGUCCUCAAGGAAGAGAAACGCCUGCUGAUUCAGCAGUUUAAAAACUUCCAAAAAGGCGAUGAUCCCGCCUUAUUAUUGCCGCCGAGUAUAGACGGAGAUGUGUCGGACAUGUCAGAGGAUGAACUAGAAGGUCGACUCCACCACUUGAGGAACACUGGCAUGGUCACUCCACGGAUGCGGCGAAGACGAAGUGAAUCACCUCUAAGAGUCAACUUAGAAGAGUUUCAUUCAUAUCGUCGAGCAAGGAGAGGAUCAAUUUCCGAAGGCUCGGAGGCAGAUUCAGUCAUUGAGGAGUUUCCUCUUUUCAUCAAAGAGGCAAAUGAUCACAUACUGGACAGAAGGACAAUAAAAGAUCUGUCUUCAGAAAGAAGGUCAAGUUUAGACAAAUCUGGUAAAAUCUCCGGUCACAGUUUGCCGAGCACUCCCUCCGUCGUCCGAAAACAAGUCAGAGAUGCGGCCACCAACUGCAGGGUGCUGACGAGAGAUAUUGGAGUGACUCACAUUGGGUUGAGAACUCGUUCCGUCGGAAUCACGACCGACAGGGUAGAAGCGGAUAGAAAGAGAGAGAUAAAGGCGAAACCUUGUAUGCUUUGCUACGAGAGGAACAAGAAGACAUUCGACAGUAAGAGCGUGGGAACACCGUUUGGCUCCCAGAAGGAAAAGACGAGAAGAUUAAGUAUGAGUAGCGUUUCCCUAGAAUGUUUCGAUCCUGACGACAGUAAUUUCGACUUAAAGGACACACUGGAGAAGGACAGCAAUUCCAAAAAUGCCUUUUUGCAAAAACUUGGAAGAAAGUCCGCCAUAAUAAGUCGCCUGUCAGAGCCACAACUAGCUCCACCUGUGCUAACAUUUGACAACUCCACCAAUACAGAGACGAUAAGAAAAAGGGAUCAGAGAACAUUUACGGCCCUAAGCAUGAAUGAUCUUUUCACGAAAGCAGAUUUGAACGAGCACCUUUCAAAAGCAAGAAAAGACUGGGAGUCUAGGCAAGGGGAGCUAUUUACCAAAGCAGACUUGAACAAUGAAUUAGCAAAAGCCAAGAGAGAAUGGGAACUGAAGCAGAGUGAGCUCUUCACCAGAGCAGAAUUGGAGGAACAUGUGGCAAGUGUUAAAAGAGAGUUUGAGACUAGGCAAAGUGAACUUUUCACCAAAACAGAAUUAGAGGAACGUUUGACACGAGUUCAGCAAGAAUUUGAGGCCAAGCAAAAGGAAAUGUAUACAAAGGCUGAAUUGAAUGAGCAUUUAGCAAAUGCUGCAAGAGACUGGGAGGCCAAAGAGGCAGAACUCUUUACUAAUGAGGACCUAAAGACCUAUUUAGCACAAGCUAAAGUAGAAUGGGAGUCCAGUCGAAAGGACCUCUUCACGAGAGAUGAUCUAGACUGCCAUUUAACUAAGGCCAGAAGAGAGUGGGAAUCCAGUCAGAGCAAGUUGUAUACAGAGGAUGACCUAGAAAGACAUUUAACAGAAGCUAAACUUGCUUGGGAAGCUAGGCAGGUGCAGUUGUUGGCCCUGGAGAGAUCAGGUAGACCUCUAACCGUUAACUGUGCAAUUCAGGUAUCGCUGGAUAAACCUGCCAUUGAUAAGUCCAGCAUAAAACCAUUACGUCAAAGUGUGGGGGUCAUGGCUCAGCCCAGUUAUGUGAGCGUAGGUGUUAGCCAGGACAAAAUCAAUGAUAAUUUCUGUGACAGAUGUGCCAAUAUUAAAACGCGGUCUGUCGCCAUAGGCGAUGGAUCUAUUUCUUCCAUGGUUUGUGAUAGAUGUUUCAAUAUUAAAGUGAGAUCUGUUGGUAGUGGGGAUUUCAGAUUGACUGAUAUGUGGUGCGAAAAGUGUUCAGCUUUGCAGACUCGAACGGUUGGCUGUAGCAGUGAUAGAAUAAAUGAUCGUAUCUGUGAUCGUUGUGACAAUAUUCGAACGCGCAGUGUAGCCUCUGGGUCUUCCUUGCCAGCGGAUGUUCUAGUUAAGGAGAGUCAGUCUAAACUUAAGAGUAAUGCUUAUGUACAAACUAAGGGAGUAGAAACACGUACUACAAGCGUGAACACCUUGCCGAUAAGUCUAAAAAAAGACGAACUUGGCAGUGAAACGAGUGCCACUCCAAGUCCAGCACUCACACCAGAAGUUGAACGGAGGUCUUAUGGUAGCUCUGGAGUUCGUAUUUGUGACAAAUGCCAUGAAACCAUACAGUCUGUUGCUAAAGAUUUUGUCAACACCAGUGGGACAGGGUCUUCUACAAAUUUGCCACCAAUUCCUCCACAGAUCUCUAAAAUCCCACGAUUGGUUGACCUAGCAAAGGUUGAACCGAGACUUGAUAUUCCAGUAGUCAAGAAUAUUUCCAGUCUAGAAUCAAGUCUGACAGAAUCUCAGCUAUCAAGCAUGAACAACAGUUUUGUAGACACCAAAGCUUCCAUGCAAACCUCCACCAGUUUUAGACAGAGUGAAGUUGACGUCAAACAAGCUAAAUCUGAUGUGUUACCAAGUAGUUCUUAUGAAGUUGCGGGGAAGAAACACAUUCAGAAAACCUCUUCCGGGACAAAGCUAUCAGAAUCCAUUAAGUCAAGUUCAGAGAGCAGCAAGAUUCAGGAAUCUAAAGAAGUGAAAAGUAAUGUUGUGACCAGGACAGGCAGCUUCUCAGAGAGGACCAGUACUGCAAAAACAGCUCAGCCAACCGGGAUCACUCUUACCUCUGGGGGUUCAUCGAAGACGUCAUCUGGCUUUCCGUCCAUGAGUAACUCUCCACAGCUCCACGCAGUUCAAUUCGAGCUCUCAUAUUUUGAAUUGUGCUUUGCAGUUAUCGGUCAUUUCAUGAAAUACAGUGUUUUAACUAUCAUGGGUUGCUGUAAUAGUAAGGAUACGGUUGAGAAAAAACUGGAGGAAAUAUUUCACGAUGAGGAAAAAGAGGAGAGGGAAAAUAAUGCCUUGAUUAUGAAUGGUCAUAACAUAGCAGGCGACUUCAGAGGCAGAUUAAAUACCCAGGGAAAGCAGUUGCCAAAUUCCAAAGCAUGGUCAAUAAUUGGUAACCCCCUUGACGAUUCUGGAUUCAUCGACUUUAGCGAAUUUGACGGCAGUGGGCUCUAUGCAGUUCAGAGUUUGCACGGUGAUGCUGUUAAGUUUUCCAAGGAUGUCUGUCAAAAUGGAGAAACUGAUUUUGUUAGUCUGGACGGCCUAUUUACAUUUGACAAUCCUCUCAGUGACAGUGAGGAAGGGGACUUUCUCGACGACGAUAUUGUAUUUGAUAGGUCGGUGAAGCGUGUGCCUUACACAAGACAGCAGACCUACACAAAAUUUUCAGAGGGGGUUGUGAAUUUGGGAUUUGACGAGAACACGGACGCUCAGAGCGCACGAAAGCAUGAGUCUCUCAGUGAGGAAACUAAAGUCGAAAGUUUGCAGAGUAAAGGAACGGACACAAGUAAAUACAAAAGUCCAGUAAAGAAAGCAAAAGAAAAAGAGGAAACGAAAGACACAACUCCAAGGAAACCAUCGCAUCCAGAGCCUGUCAUCCAGGGCAGAACGAAAACCCCCAGUUCCUGCUCCUCGUCGAGCGAGUCGGACGAGACGUGCGAUGACACGUCUCUACUGGAAGCUUCGUUCAGCUCCCAGCCAGACGUAGCCUCGUCGUUUCAGAGCGCCUCGUCCCUCUUCACCACCACCAGCGAACGUAGCAGGAAAAAGAGUGUGCCUUCAAGAGAAAUGAAAGCAGCCAUGAAGGUUGUCAAUGACUCCAUCGGCAAACCCGUCCGCUCUGGCCAGCAGCUGACUAAUGCUCUUAAUAUCAUCCAGAGAGAAUGGUUUAAGGUAUCUAGCCAGAAGGAUGCCAAUCCUCACGCAGUCGAAGACUACAUGGACGUGUUUGAGGAUUACUCCAAGGCCCUACUGCAGCGUGUAGUAAAUCUCUCUGAUGUGAAUGGCAACACGGCCAUGCACUACGCAGUUUCCCACGGUAACUUUGACGUCGUCUCCAUACUGCUGGACUCCAAGGUCUGCAACAUCAAUCAGCAAAAUAAAGCAGGAUACACAGCCACUAUGUUGGUCUCCUUAGCGCAGAUCCGCUCGGAGACACACGCCAGCGUAGUUCAGAGGUUGUUCCAGAUGGGGGACGUAAAUAUCAAAGCUAGUCAGCAUGGCCAAACUGCCCUGAUGUUAGCCGUAUCGCACGGCAGGCUGGACAUGGUUCGCAUGCUAGUGGCCGCUGGCGCUGACAUAAACAUCCACGACGAAGACGGUUCGACGGCUCUCAUGUGUGCAGCAGAACACGGCCACCUUGCCAUCGUUAAAUUCCUUGUUGGCCAUCCAGACACUGACCCGACAUUGAUGGAUAAUGAUGGAAGUACAGCUUUAACAAUUGCAGUUGAGGCAGGACACAAAGAUGUGGGUGUACUGCUCUACAAACACAUGAACUUGUCAAGAGGGUCAUCACCUUACUCGUCCAUGAGAGUCAAACGAUCUCGCACUCCUACGAUGAACAGACCGGCAGUUACUCCUCCUCCUCGAUCAUCUGCGCCAUCAUCGCCCGGGCGAUCCCGCAAAUCUUCAGCACCUCCCUCCCCAGGAAGAUCUAGACAGAGUUCGGCCUCACUCUCUAAUUUAAUUAUAUGAAAUGAAGCUAAAAGAAACUAAUAUAUUAUUCAGUAUGUAACUUGGAGAAGUAUGUCAUUAACUUUGGUCCCACCCGAAAGUGCUCGAUAUUUAUAAAGUAAGCACUUGUCCGUAACACAUUGCUCGAUAUUUAUAAAGUAAGCACUUACUUGUCCGUAACACAUUGCGUACUUUACAGUACAUGACUACAAAGACUUCUUAGACCUCUUAAAAAUCACUGCAUUGAAAUGGUAAUAUGUUAACAGGCCUGUAGGGCAAUAUAAAUGACCCUACUUUGUUCUUCAGUGACAGUUUCAUAUAACAUAUAUCCCUGUUAACCUUGUGAUGUUCACUAACAAGAGGGUAUCUUGUAUAUCAUCAUAGUAGCUAUUGAUAUACAAUGAACAUUUUAGCUACAGAUUGAAUCCACCUAACUUAUUAUAUUUGUGAGAGCAACUAAACUACAAGCAGUACAGUUCAGAUAAAUGAAUUUAAAGACAUUAAGAAUCAUAAUUAUGAAAAAUACAUUCAUAUCAAGACAAUACAAAUGGUAAUUAUUGUAUGAAACAUAGUAGUUUGAAAGCACCGCUUCAGACUUUGCAAAACACCCCUGAAAUGAGAUAGAAACACUUAAACAUUUCUUGGUUACGUCACGGAAAUAGUAGUUCAUUAUGAAUACCGUAGUACUGUACAUUUUCUUAAAGUAACAGCUCAUAAUUCUAAAACAAAGAAAAUAUUUUAGAAGGCCGUUGCGAUCUAAUACGUCUCUAUUCCACUUCAUGCUAAGUACUGUACCCUCCCGUUCACUCCGCGACUUAGGUUGAAUCUGAUGAAAGUGUCUUUCAGGUAUGAAGUUGUUGCUCUUCUUUCUUUUUUUUAGCCUUACAAAAUACUUUCAAGUUUAAGAUUAUUAACUCUGCUUGGUUCCCGAAGUCACGCUUAUGUGGAGAAGAUGAAUUCGAUUAACCUUUGUAUCUUUUGCUUAGGAGACCUGUGGUAAGGUGAAGCCGAACUCGAGUCCUUUUGCUUUCUUGCAGUCGUAAGUAACCCGGAGUUAUUAGUGACGAACAUCUGAAACCUCGUUCGCCCUGAUUAUGAAAUGUGUCAACUUUCAAUAUUAAAAAAAUUAUUGUCCAAGGUUAAAUACACUUCUUUAAUCAUUUUACUUAAUGAUAUCUUUAUUCAAAUGAUCAUCUCUUUAAGCAUCUACUCAGUUAGUCAACUGAAUUGUGACCCACAAAUAAUUGGCUUUGUACUUGGAGAUUAUUAUUUAGACGUUCACCAAAGCAUCCAAUUUGUGCUUGCUGCCGAUUCUCCUUCAACCAAAAUCCAGGACAGGUCGUCUCUCAAACAUUCACUGUAACCUGAACCAUGUUUUUCAAGUACUGAAUGGCUUCUCUUUCCGAUAAGCCUUUAUUUUUUGGGGUUAAUGGGAUGGUAACAAUGCAAAAAAUAACUACAAGUUUCAUACCAUUAUUUUUAUAUCGCUAAAUGUAUUUAUACUAUUAGAAGGUCACACAAACGAAAAUUUAUCCUCUUAACAGUUUUCAGAUGGUUCACGAACUGUUCUUGAACUCGCUUUGUCCGCGCUAACAUUUCAAGUUUAACGAACAUCGUAAGUGGAAGGAAGCAACUCUAACUUUAGGUAUCAGAACUUCUCUUAACCCCUUCGUCACUCUCAAUGAGACAUGGCAUUUCUGUUGUUGUUGAAUAUUAUUCUGUUAAUAUUUAUGCUUCUAUAUAAUUAAUUUAUGGAAUAAAAUGUUAUUUCAGA